UCUUCUAUUUUUCUGAUAGUGCCACGCAAUUGUUAGGGCGAUAAUCCAAGUUCUUUUCUACUUAUUACAUUUUUCACUUUCAGCAAGCUACAUAAAGAUAACUUGAACAUCUUAUUGAUAGUUAAGCGAAAUAGAGGAGAAGUAAGAUUAACAAAUGGGUUCAGGACAAAGUGUUGAAAUCCCUGGAGGAGGCACUGAAGGGUACCACGUAUUAAAGGUUCAAGACAAUUCGCCUGGUCAAAAAGCUGGAUUGGAGGCAUUCUUUGACUUCAUCAUUGCCAUAGCGGGAACAAGACUGGACCAAGACAACGACAUGCUGAAGGAGUUGUUAAGACAAAAUGUUGAUAAACCUGCAAAAUUAGUUGUAUAUUCAAGUAAAACGCAAACGGUGCGUGAAUUGACCUUAACUCCAAGCACUGGUUGGGGUGGCCAGGGCUUGUUAGGGGUCAGUAUACGAUUUUGCUCAUUUGAAGGAGCCAAUGAACAUGUGUGGCACAUACUAGAAGUAUAUCCAGAUUCCCCAGCACAAUUGGCUGGUUUGAGAGCAUACUCGGACUACGUCAUUGGUGCCGAUGCCAUACGACAUGAGAAUGACGAUUUGUUUACAUUGAUAAUGACACAUGAGCAACAACCUCUUAAAAUGUAUGUUUACAAUAUUGACGAUGAUGCCUGUCGUGAAGUUACCAUUAAGCCUAAUUCUAAUUGGGGCGGUGAGGGUGCCUUGGGAUGUGGAAUAGGUUAUGGGUAUCUACAUCGUAUACCUCUUCAGGCUGGUAGCUCUGCCGUUGCACAGCCUCCAACAAGCAUACCUACUCCCAUAUCGGUGCCAGCUCCAACUGCGGGACCAGCUCCAGUGGCGGCUGCAACUAGCACUGUUAUUGCACCUACUUUGCCCUAUGUGCCUCCUUUGAGCAAUACGUUUGCUCCUGCUGCGACAACAGCCUCAACGAAUCCACAACAAAGCGUUUUUAAACAAUACUUCAAUCCGGACGACAACACCUCGGAACUAAUUACUGGAGCAGAACCUCCAAAAUGCUUAUCAAGUGAAAACGACCAAUCCAAUGCAAUAGCGCAAAAAGAUCUAAGUGAUAAUGUGACUGCAACUCCACUAGCCCAACAUCAAACGAAAGCCACGACAUCGACAACUGAAGCGCCAAGCGCUCCAACACAGACCGACGUAACCGUUCCAACAACAAUUGGCACGACUUUACCACCGCCAACAAAUCUUUAUAUACCAGGAGUUCUACAAGCACCUACGACUAACAAUGCUUCGAACAUACAAUUACCUUAUCCACAGGCUACAGCGCCAUCUCAAAUGGCACCUGUGGAUGGCUCUAAUGCAAUUCCUAUGUACUCCACUGGGGUACAACAACAAUAUAUGUCAUCACCAGCUGCACUUUCUUAUCCAGCGGCUCAAACAAUCGCCAGUUAUCCACAGAUGCAACCACCACCGAUGGGUUAUCCAACACAGCAAACGCCAAUGCCACCACAAAUGGCUUAUCACCAUCAACAACAACAGCAGCAACAACAUCCCAUACCUACAACAAUAUCUACAUCUACGACCAAUGUAAACCACCCCACAUCUGCUUCAGCAGCAUUCACCAAUUAAGUUAUUUAUGAUUUGAUUUGCAUUCUAUCUUUGUUUUGUUUAUUAUGAUUUUCUAUCUAUUUCCAUACAUAUGUACGUAUAUUCCAUAUAAGGUAUGGGGAAAAAUAGAAUGCCUUCUAAACUGUUUCUCCUCUUUAAUGCUAAAUCUACCUACUAUUAUUAUGUUUACGCUUGUAUUAAUUAAAUAGUUUGCAAUACAUCAAAACUUAUAAUACAUAAAAUAAUUAUCGUUAUAAAACCUAUAA